AAACGCAAACAGGCUAAAAAGCCUUGCGUUUCAAGACUGGUCUAUUUACAGAUUUAGUUGAUAAUCGUCAUGUUUUUGGCGUUUUGGUGAAAAGCCGAAAGGUGCGUGUUAUCUAUAACCAGUCAGUUUCUAAUGUUAUUACCGGUACUUGUUAGCACUGUUUAUUGACAGCGUUUUCAUUCCACCACUCUUCAUACUGUCAGACUGUAAUGGUGACUGGUGACAAUCACGAGUUUUCCCCGUGAAAGUGCAUUUUCGUUCGCGUGUAUUUUCGGGGAGCGCUAGCGUGUUCGGCGUGCAAUUGCCAUGGAAUCCAAUCUGGCCUGUCGGUAGUUAUCAAGUUGUUUAAACUUUAAACGACACGCCAAACGUCCGCAAUGCGAGAUACCAAGACCACGUCUGCACGUGAAAACCUAGCGUGCAACUGGGAGAAUGGCUCUAUUUGAGAAAAGCCUGAAUAAACAAGUAUAAAAUUAUUUGAACGAAGCAGUGCAACUGCGUGACUUGACGCAAACCACGGUGACGAUGCGUAUUUUAUUUAGGUCAAAGGUAAAAUAAUUGACACAAACAAAAAGAAAGAAACAGUUUCGUACAGGUAUAAAUUCUUUCGUUUUAAGACUGUUCUAUCUAGUUGGGAUAGGAUUUAUAUAUUUAUCCCAUUGAUAAUCGUCAUGUUUUGCUGAAAAGCGGAAAGGUGCGUGUUAUCUAUAACCAGUCACUUUGUAAUGUUAAAUCCUGUUAGCACUGUUUGUUGACAGCUGUUACAUUCCGCCACCCUUCAUCUGUUCAUACUGUCAAAUAUAACUGUAAUGGUGACUGGCUGAUUGGUGAACAAUCACGAGUUUUCUCCGUGAAAGUGGAUUUUUGCUCGCGUGUAUUUUCAGGGAGCGCUAGCAUGCUCGGCGUGCAAUUGCCAUGGGAUCCAAUCUGACCUGUCGGUAGGUAUCAAGUUGUAUUGAAUAUUUUUUUUAAAAUUCAUGUCUUUCAUGCGGGUGAUGUAACAGGUUUAAUAAAUCAUUUCUUUUUAUAAUAAUCUGUUCUUCCAGCAUUGUCAACAAAAAUAUUUACAAUGUUUAACCCACUGAACUUAUUAUCUGCCGAAUCACUUCUCUUAAUUUGCACACUUUUCUUGCUUGUGAGAUAUCUUCUUCAGCGCAAAUGGAGCAUUCUCUCAUCUUGGAAUAUUCCGCAUGACCCUCCAUCUGUUAGAAAUUUUGGUCACGCAAAGAUCAUAGUAUCAGAAAAAGUUUUUGAAUACGAGUUAGAAUGCAAGAAAAAAUUUGGUCCCAUAUGGGGGUAUUACGUCAUGACCGCUCCGAGAAUUGUCAUCCAUGAUCCAGAGAUUCUGAAAGUAAUAUAUAUCAAAGAAUUUUCAAAAUUUCCAAAUCGAGUGAAUAAAUUCAGACUCGUUCAUGGAGAAGAAUUAGCAAAUGGUUUGUUGUUUACGCUUGAUGAUCAAUGGAAGCGCAUCAGAACGACUAUGACGCCUACUUUUUCCACAGCAAAAUUGAGGCAAAUGGUUGGAAUAGUGAAACGGUGUGCUGACGAUACUAUUGAUGUAUUUCGUCGCAAAAUAAAUUCAACAGAUGGAAUUUUUGUGGCAAGAAGUGUUUUUGGGGGACUUUCGAUGGACGUUGUUUGUGCGGCUGCAUUUAGUACUGACGUAAAUUCGCAAGACGAAACCAAGAUACAGCCUCGUAUAACAGCCAAUGCAAAUAAGUUUUUCAGGACUGGAUUUUUUCAAGCUUCAUUUCUGAUUGCUGCAAUAUUUCCGUUUUUAGAGGGUUUGGUAUCAAAACAUGCAAGCCAAAGAAGUCAUAUUGUGUAUUUUCGUGACUUGUGUCGUGGUUUAAUGGAACAAAGACGUAAAGAAAAAGGGGAUAGAGUCGAUUUAAUGCAAUUAAUGUCAGAUGCGGAAGUUCCAGAAUCAGAAUUGAAAGAUGAUGCUAAAAAAGGAAUGUCAGAAUUGGAAAUAAUCGGAAAUUCUAUCACAAUGCUUUUUGCUGGAUAUGAAACAACAAGUACAGCUAUGUCAUUUUUGGCAUACAACUUAGCCCAGUAUCCCGAAACCCAGAAGCAACUUCAGACAGAAAUUGAUAAAAUGUUCGAAGAAUGUGUUGAGUUGGAUUAUGAUAAUGUAAAUCAGCUGAAAUUUCUUGAUAUGUGCUUGAAUGAGAGUUUACGUUUGUAUUGCCCCAUUCCACGGAACUCAAGAAUCGCCAAGGAAGAAGUCACCAUUGGUGGGCUCACCAUUCCGAAAGGAUCACUUGUAGCCAUUCCGAUUUAUGCCUUGUGUCAUGAUCCCGAUUACUGGGAAGAUCCGAUGGAAUUCAAGCCAGAAAGAAUGAGAAAUAUGGAUGAAAUUGACAACAUCAUUUUUCAACCGUUUGGCUGUGGACCAAGAAAUUGCAUUGGAAUGAGGUUUGCAAUGAUGGAAAUCAAAAUCACAUUCUGCAAACUCCUGCAUCAAUUUAGCUUUGAACCAACAGCUGAAACACCGAAGCCACCACUGAAGCUUAAAUAUGAUUUGACCACCAGAUCCAAGGUUAAUUUUAAUCUGAAAGUCGUGCCCAGAAAUAGAAACCCCUAACUUGUCUCCAGGAAUACCAGUGUAUGUAUCUCUUAUUUUAUCCACUUAUAUGCAUGUUAGAAUGUAAUAGAAUCAUAUAAAAUGAGUUAUAUAGGUCUUCUCUAAAAAUCUAGUCAAACUACUAUUCUAUCAGGAAUUCGACUUGCUAUAUAGUGUAAUUCACAACAUGUUGACAUAGCAAAUUGAGACAGUUAAUAAAAUGCAGCUUAAUUGAACAAUAAGAAUAUUUCAAAAUGUGGGUCAUAUGGAAUUUGGUCAAUUUCAGCGAUGAAAGAAACUCAUAAGUCAUAAUAUAUAUUUUUAUACAAGUUCUAUAUCUUUCGACUCUGGACAAGGCUCUGCACAAUAAGCCCCUGAUAUUGCUAUUUAAUUUGUAAAGAUUGAAAUGUAACGUAACAUGUAUUGUUCCUUGAUAUUGUACAGGGGUGUGCAACAUUUUUUGUUGGUGGGCCACAUAACCAACUUCAGACACUCAGCUGGGCCACACAAAAAUUUUUGUUUUUCCAUGUACACAACGAUUUAAAAUAUUCUCACAAGGCAAAAUUUAAUUUAUAGAACAUGAGAAAAAAACAUGAUAUAUUUUUACCCGUGUGAGCGCUUUUUUAAACACAAACUGUCGGAUUAGGAUUUCAUACUUAAUAGGGAAAAAUUUGAGUGUCGACAAGAGCCACACUAAAUGGCUUUGAUAGGCCAUGUUAUGGCCUGCAGGCUGCCUGUUGCACACCCGUAAUAUUGUAUAUAUUUGUAUUGUUCUUGUGCCUUGUAUGUGUCAAACACACCACUGUUUUCCAUAAUAUAUUAAUUGAUAUUUUUGGGUAAAAAAACACAUGGUUAUCUAUGCAGGAUGUCUUAAAGACAGGAAUCAAUUUAAAAAAAAGUUAGAUGCAAUAGAAUAAUCGAAUCCUAUUAUUCUCAGAUUCAAAUUCUGCGUUUAAUAACAAAAUGUACUUUUUUUCUUGUGACUUUUGUGACAAUGUGACUUUUGUAACAUUUGAUGAAAAGUUCUAUAAUGUGUUCUAAGGUUAGGUAUUUAACUUCGGGCAAAUUGUUUUAGUAAGCUUAAGAAGGGGUUUAUUAUGGAACUAAUGGUUUGGUAAAAUGUAACCAACAAUACAAUUGAUUUAUAUUAUAUUUCGUUUUCUUGCAUGCUGCCUUUCACAUGAUAUUAAUAUGAUAUAUCAUAUAUGUAUUUUUUUAAAUUUUAUCUUAUAUUGUUUAUAUGAUGCAUGCUUGGAACUUGCUCAAAUAUUUCACUCAAGAUUAUCUUUACACUAAAAAAAAUUGUUCAGUUUUCAGCAACAAAACUAUUGCAACUUUAAAUGUAAUACACAUUAUUUCACUUUCAGGAAAUUUAUUCUAUACACGACCACACAUAAAUGUAUUCUAUUGUUAAUAGGUUGAUCUUGCUUUGAUACACAUAACUAUUGAAAAUAUAUUAUUUCUUCAGUGAGGUGCUAGUCACCCAAUCUGUUUUUACAGUAACAAAUACUUGAAAAUAAGUUUUACAUCUUGUCAAGUAUUAAAUUAUAUGUUUCGAAUUAUAUUAUUUGUUUUGCUUCUCUUUAUAACAUAGAGUAUAAUAUUGCUGUAUAUACAUUUGUUGAUUUUUUGUUUAAUCAUAACACAUUGUUUAACUUCAUUUUUAACCCGAAGUUUUCAAUUUUCUUCUUCACGUUUAGUCAUUUGCUUGAAUAGCAAAGACCGAUGCUGCACAGCUGUUUGUUAAAUGUAUGCUGUGUGAUAAAUUUAGCACUUACAUGGUGUUGUAUACUCAAGGGUGUUAUUUCCACUUCAGAAAACUGUUCUUCACAGUAAAAUUUUUUGUCACAUUUUCUGAUUUUUUAUAUGAAAGAGAUAGGUUUUGAGUUGCUGUCAUUUGUUUUAUUAUUAAGUGUUGUUUACAAAAUUAUUGGAAAUCCCACAUUAGGAAGCUAUUAACUGUAUUCACAUUUUGCACUUUCAUUAUUUUAAGUGCAGUUUAUUAUUUGCUAAUAAUAAUCAUCAAGGAUGUAAAAUAAAUAUCUAAAGUGUAAUGUAGCUCUUACUACUAUAGUAUUUAGCACUGUAUAGCCAAACUAAACUAUUAUGUUUAUCCAUAUUGUCAGCAUGAUAUUUUUUUCAGGUGGCUCAAAAGAGGCCUAAUUGCAACAUUUCUUCACACAUAUUCAAAAAAAAUAUAUAAUCAUAUUAUGUUCCUUCCCUCUAUAUAUUUGUGUUUUUUUUGUAGA